GACGCCAGCCUCUCCCUGUGCUCUGCGUGGUGCCGCGGUGCGGCGCCCGGCUCGCAUGCGGCCCUCUCCGGCAGCGCCUGCGCGCACCUGUCGCCGGCGGAGCAGGCCGCCGGGCGGGGCCCGUCGUGCACGUGCUACGACGCUGGCUACGAGGCGGUCCUGGCCGCGUGCGACUCGCGCUGCCCCGAGGAGGAGGGCGGCGGCGUGGGGCCCGCGGCCGCCGCGGCCGCCGCAGCGAGGGCGUGCCCAGAGGACGCCAACCUCGACAUGUGCGCGGCGUGGUGCGAGGCCAGCUCCCCCGGGUCCAGGGGCGCUCUCGCGGGCGACACGUGCGCGCACCGGCAGGCGGGCGGGGAGGGGCCCUCGUGCACGUGCUACGACCCGGGCUACGAGAAGGUGCUGUCCUCCUGCCAGUCUCGCUGCCCACGCGACGCCAGCGGUGGCGCGUGUCCCGCGGUGGACGGGGCGUGCCAGUCCGAGCCUGAGCAAGGAUACGACGGAGCCUCUGCGCUCCGUCGCUUCUUGCUGUACGACGUGAAGCGAGGGGAAGGUUUCAACCUUCAGCGAGAGGUGUUUCCCCGCGUCGGCUGGAUUGUCUGGCAGCUCAAUGAGGCGGCCAAGCAGCUCUGUAAGGGGAGUUUUGGCCCUGGCCGUUGUGCGCAGUGGACUCUUGUUUUGCCUGCGUGGUGCCAGCUCGCGCACUGGCAUACCGACUCUACACACAUUGCAUGGCGCGACUUUUUCGACGCUCGUGCGCUGAAUUCCACGAGAAUCCCCAUCAUGGAGUUCGAUGAGUACGUGACUGAGGUUGGUGGCCCCCAUGUUGAUUUCGCUGUGUCGCUGAGUCAGGAGAGAGUCCCAGAGAAAGAGCGGUAUGGCCGCAGGGGCGGCUUCUAUGGCUGGGCGAGGAGGUUGGACUCGUGCAGCUCGCCCGUCCCACACAGUUGGAGCGAGGAAUCGCAGAGGUGGCAUGUGGAGUACUCUGGAGGGUGCGAGGGAGGCGUACUGGCAAGAGAGCUCCGGUGUGGCCUGCUGUCCAGCCCGCUGCCGCGCGAUGUGGUCGACCUCGCUUCGGCUGCCGGCAGCGAGGGCGCGACGGCAGUCCUGUUAAAGGGUUGCGACGCGGUGAGCCCAGCCAGCCCCGCCGAGCUGGACAGCGUAGGGCUCCGGGAGGCCAUGCUCUUCGCCAAGCCCAUCAGGGCCGCGGGGGAGGAGUUCAUGCGGGCGCAGCUGGGCGGUGGCAGCUUCCUGGCCGCGCACUGCCGGCGGACCGACUUCCUCAGCGCGCACGCGAAGACAACGCCAGGGCCAGCGGCCAUAGCAGAGCAGAUCAACGCCAUCCUGCUGGAGCAGGACCUCGGGGCCGUCUUCGUCGCCACCGACGCGCCCGAGGACCUGUCCGGCGAGCUCAGAGGCCGGAUCGACGCCCCCGUGGUCUUCUUGCGGGACGUGCCCAGCGUGGCCGCCGGGCUGGGGCAUCCGGGCAAGGUGGCCGCUGUGGAGAUGUGGGUCGCCGCCAGGGCCGCCUUCUUCGUCGGCACGAGCGAGUCGCGCUUCACCGCCCACAUCCAGCUGGAGCGCGGCUGGCUCGGUAAGGCGCGGGCCACCUCUGAGAGAGUCCUCUGCAAA